AUGCCUUCGCUCGCGAUCUUUCUGACCUCUAGUUCUACAGGAAACACACCUUCAUCGAGCAUUUCGAGCCACCUUCACGAUAUUUCGUUGAGCCAUCUUCACCUCACCUACCUCGUCGAUCCUACACCAUUCUCCCCCGGCCUCAUAUUAUACUCUGGCCUCGUCAUCCCCCUCUUCUCCCGCCUCGAUCACCAUUUUACAGAAAUGUCUUCUUUCUCGUUGCCAAUCAGUGAGAUGCAGGAGGAGCACGAGGACACCAUGCCCGACCAGUGGGACCCGCGCCCGCUCUUCACCGGGGUGGUGCGGACGGACGGGUUCCGCCGCAUUGGCGAGGACCGCGUGGUCCGGAACACGGACCGGGAGACGGCGACGGCGUUUGCGGAGUUGGCGGCGCUGGUCCGCAGCGACGACGAGCUGUGGGUGUUCGCCGACGGCAGCAUGCGGGACGUCCCACAAAUGCCGCUGCUGCCCCAGCGCGGGGGGUACGCGGUGGUGUACCCGCACCAGACGGAGAAGGCGGCGUGGAGCGCGUCGUCGUGGCACCUGCCCGUGUACAACCCGGGGCAGCCCGAGUUCUUUGGGGUCUGCGAGGCCCUCAACACGGCCGUGGAGCUGCGCCUGGGCGUGCACGGCGCCACGCGCUGGUCGGCAGACCUGCACCGCCCGCUGCGCGUCACCAUCUUCACCGACUGCCUGGCGGUGCUGGAUCGUCUGGUCGCGGGGCUCUCCGGUCUGUUGUGGGACGAGUGCUGGGGCGUCAACGCCGAGGACGAGUGCUCGCGCGACUACGCCGCGAGGCGCAUCAACGCCACGAUGGCCGUGCCGUGCCUGGUCAAGGCCAUCGACCUGUUCUGCGAGCUGGAGCACCAGCUCAACUGCACCGUCGAGUUCCGCUUCAUCCCGGGCCACGGCCACUGGGUCUGGCCCCACCGCACCGCCGACGACAUGGCCGGCGCUGCCUCACUCCAUGGGCAGAGCAAGCUGGACAUCACCAGCAACAAUAUCCUGCCCUACUAUCGGCCCGUCGGCGAGGAGCUGCUCGAGCAGUGCGAGGAGAUCGCCCGCCGCCACCCAGACCUCGACGACGAGGGCCAGCGGUGGUCGUGGAAGUAG